CAAUAACGUGCUUUAAUUUGUUGACAUCACGUGGUUCCUCUACUCUCUCUACGAAAGGUAGGGUGGACAUUCGCUCACCAUUUGGUUCAUUCAGUUGAAUUUAUUGUUCGCAAAAAAUAAGCCGAAAGCACGGCACAGAUCAUGUAAACGAAGUGCAUUUUUGACAGUUGUAUCCAUGGGUAGAUAUCUCUGGGGUGUAAAAUGAGAGGAAGUACUGCUGGUCUUCCUGAUAAUCUUCAGGGAUACUCCACCAAAUAUUAUACGCUACUCACAAUUCUAGAUUUGCUCUUCGCAUCCCUUGUGGUGUGUCCCUGUGUGGUCGGGUAUUGGAGGGCAGUAUGGGGUUUAAUGGAUAUCUACCUCGCCCCAUUUGGGGAUCCGUACAACGGCCUAAUUUCCAUUUCGAUAGGCAUGACGGGGCACCUGAUUUUCUCCAUAUUUCAAAAAGUUUUUGAAAGAAACUUCCAUCCAGAGAGGAAUAGGAUAAUUUUUUAUUUAGUGUCGAGAAAUUAUACGGUGUGCUUUGCUUUUAUUUGUGUUAACGGUUGGAGAGGCCCAUGGGAAUGUUUGGACUUUCUUUCCAAGACAGAUAUGUUUUCCCUUAUCGCCACUACAUUGGUCGGAGUUGUAGCUUUGGUUUCUAUAAGAGGGCUGAGAAAUAUCACGGCACCGCCGUUUUUGAUAGCAACUGACGACGUCAAAGGAUAUUUUGAAGUUAUGACAAUGUUCAGGAUACAGGUGGGAGACAAAACGUCAUUAUACGUAUUAGAUUGCCUAUUUUCUGUUCUGAUCGUAGGAUCAUUAGUUGUCUUCGUAUGGCGAGGAGUGUGGUUGAUGCUGGAUAUCAUACUUUUCCCAGACAAUUUUACAAUAUCAUCAUGGGGUAGUUUGAUUUUGGGAUACAUUUGUGUGGUCUUCGCUUUUCUUCUACAACCUGCUAUGCGAUAUACAUGCGAAAGACUGAAUGGUUUUUCAAGACUGUUUGUUGCUGACACCUUCAUUUUAUUCGCCUUCUUUGGAACUGUUAAUGUUUGGAGGGGAAUAUGGAACUUACUGAAUAUUUUCUUCUUACCAGAUAAUAUGGAACUUAGCUGUUGGAUCACGCAUUGGGUCUGUCUGAUCAUUUUGAUUCUGUGCAGAUGUUCAAACUCACUACUAGUCAGAGGGGUGUACAUAGAUGCAGAGGAACCUGCAGGAAAAUGCGUCGUUUUUCCUUGCUAUUACCUUAGAGUAAUUUUUCGAAAGAAAAAGUUGAAAAAAUUGAACAUGGCAAGUGCCAGUCAUAACACAAUAGUAAGAAUAAAUCAUAAAGACGAAAAAACUGUCGAAAAUCAUGUCCAUAUUUCUACAAUCACUACAACUAUCGAGGAAAAUAAUAUUGAGGAAAGAAAGUGAUCCAGUGGAUUCAUAUAGGUAGACUUUUGGUAUGAAAUACAUUUUUAAACUUUUGCAUUCUCCUAUAAUGCUUAUACCACUCUUUGUAAGUAUUUCAUUUCGAGAAAAAUUUGCCAAAUAGUUCUGACACAGUCAACUAUUUUAUUCGUUUUCAAUAUGUUCAUAUGAAGGUAUGGUUGUAGGUACAGUUACAGUUCUGCAGCUACUCAAUUUCAAAAUCAUUGAGGAUUUUUUUUAAUGAAUGACAAAGACAUAGUGAUAUCACAAAAGAAAUUCACGAAUUCAUCGAUUUCAGAUGAAAACAAAAACAGAUAAGAACUUUUUCGAUAUGAAUAAAUUCAGAUAAUUCCAAAUUGUAUAGUUUGAUUAUUUACAAUCAAUCUGAGUGUACUGGAAUAUUUGUGGGAGCACAAAAGGUCUAUUUAUUUUUUCUUUUUCAAUAAUUCGACACCGAAUCGUUAACUUCGACUGUUAAACUCCUAAUUCCAAUGUCGGUCCCUUAAUAACAUCUGUCUGAUAAAAAUAGUGUGGUCAAAAUAAUAUUUUCAUUCCAUUUUUUGAAUUUGUUGAAGAAUUAACCUUGUAAAGGUUUCAGACCCCUAAUUGUCGACAUAUUUUUAGGGUGUUUUGGAAAAAUUAUCAACAUGAUUGAAAUUCACCUAAUCAAUCAUUCUGUGACUUCUCAUAUUUUUUUCAAUCGGUUCAUAAAAAAUAUAUUCAUUCAACACAUAUUAUAUGCUUCACAUUCUAAAAAUUAUUCUUUUUGUAUUUAGUUUUCAUCAGACGGAUUAGGAAAUGUCAUUUGAUACCUUUUUUAUCUUGGUGACAUUGAAAGUUACGAUUGCAGUAUUUCUUUAUGAUGAGUGUACCAAGUCAAAGUUUGGCGAUGCUCUGUAGGUUUCUAUGGUGUUUCCUAAUAAACGAACCUCAUUUGUUGUUCAUCUUUUUUAUUGAAAUUUGUUUGUAUUAACAUUCAUAUCAAUGUGACUGAGUUGUAUGAAAAAUUAAACAUACUUUAAUUGUUUUCACUCAUU